AUGGAAAUUGGACCUACGACCAGAUUUAUGGAACGAGUUUUAGAUCAAUUCAAGAUCCCCAACAUGAUCUUCGGGGGUGACAUUAACUCCCAUAAUACAACCUGGGGUUAUCACACUACGGACCAAAAAGGAAGAGAAUUGGAAGACUUCAUCUGCUCUAAAAAUUUGGUGUUACACAACACAGCUAAAGCGCCACCCACCUUCGACAGCGUCUACGCGCAGGGAUGGCCUGACCUCAUACUGACGACCAUGCAUGUAGCCCCAUUACUCCAAGACUGGCAAGUAGACGACCAAGAAAGCCUUAGUGACCAUAAAUUCAUAACCUUCUCCCUCUCACAGACGACAUCCGUCACUAAGAUAAAACGUUAUAAUCUCCCUGGCAGGAAAUUACUCAGCUUCACUAAGAAAAUUAAAAUGCACCUUACGAAUCUUGAGGCCACACUACAGCAAGCGGUCACCUUACCAGAACUGGAGGACUUCUCCCUAAAGCUGCAAGAUACCUUGCAAACUGUCUGCAAUCAAAAUCUCCCUUCUAGGAAACCUCAGAGGGUGCAGGAAAUCAGCUGGUGGACAGGAGCAUUACGAACUCAGCAGCGCAAGUGCAGAGCACUACGACGAAGACUAAAAUAUGAGAGAAGACUGGAGAUUCCAUCAACCACACUCCCUAUCUUCCAAAGGGAACGUGCGAAAUAUAAAAAGAUGAUAAUCCAGGCCAAAGUAACCUCAUGGAGAGAAUAUUGUACACACACGAAAGAAAUCUAUGGGCUGCACCAUAAAAUAGCGACUGGGAAGGUCUUCAAGCCAUCUCAGCUACAAAUCCCGCACUCACAAUGCAGCAAUGAAGACUACACGGCCGAUACCUUAAAUGCAGUUUUAAACACCGUAUUCAGUCAAGAUGAUGCAGCUCAGGAUACUGCACAAUAA